CCCAGGGCUGGACUUUCUUGGGAAGGAUUCUAAUGCAAAAUAGAACCAUCUGUGUACACAUCCUGUGGCAACCACUAUGCAGGAGAAGCGGUAAUAGUGUCUUGCCUUUUUGCAAAAUUUAUAGGGUCAUUAGUUCACCGUUUAUUGGGGAUGUGGCAAUAUGGCAAGAUCAAGGAACCUCAGCAGAACGUUUCCCUGCCGGAAUUUUGAGAUUGAGUUUGCUUUUUGAUAGAAGUGUUGAUGAGUUGGAAAUGAAAGUCCAUUGCCUUACUUUGCAACACAACUUUGUCAGCUGCCAACCUCUGUUGCCACAGACAAUGCUACACAUUUCAUCUCUUCCACGGGAAAUUCUUAUCUACACUUUUAGAUGGGUUGUCUCCAGUGACCUUGACAUGCGAUCUCUUGAAGUCUUGUCAUUGGUGUGUCGUGGUUUCUGCUAUUGUUCUCGAGAUGCAGAAUUGUGGAAGUUAGCUUGUUUUAAAAUGUGGGGAUCAACUGCUGUUACCAAAGAUGAGAGCAUUUCCUGGAGACAGCUGUUUAUAUCUCAGCCACACCUGCUUUUUGAUGGAGUUUACAUUUGUCAAACAUCAUAUGUGAGAGUUGGAGAACCAUCUCUAGAUGAGUUCUAUCGUCCUUUUCACACAGUGGAUUGCUAUCGUUAUCUUAGUUUCUAUUCUAAUGGUGAUGUUUUGUACCUCAAUAGUCCAGACACGCCAGUUAACUGUGUCCAUCGUUUACGAGCAAGAGCCAGUGCAAGACCAGUUGGACUGCAAACUGGUCAUUUCCAAUUGAGUGGAGACAAGGUACGUAUUAUUGUUGUUAUUGCUAUGUCAUACACAGGAAUACCUGGCGUAAAAGAAGAAAAAUGCAAAAAAGAAAAAGAGAAAAAUACUAGACCCAAGAGAAAAGCUGUGAUAACCCCCUGACUACAAUGGACUUUUAUCCAUUUUAUAACUGCACGGUCUCUAUCAUCUUCAGAAACAGAGCUUACUAACAGUCUCUAAAGUUAUGGUCUGUGGAGAGUCUCUGCAGCUAAGAUUGUAGAGCGAUUCUAUUUGCCUGAUGGAGCUGAAAAAUGAUAGAGCAUCCAAGAACUGCUGACACAUGAAUGACCUCAUUUGAAUACUUUUACAACAUGUGAUGACAUAAGGUAAAGUUUUCUUUUCCUCGCCAUAUCAAUCAAUGCUAGCAAGGCCAUUGCAAACAACAUAACACGAGCAUGAGUUUUUCUUCCAACAUCACAAAUUCUGCUUACUGCUUUAUUCCACCCAACACUUAUUCUAUUUAAAUCAGACUUAUUCU